AUGGGUUGCUUUGAAAUUUCUCUUGGUGACAUAACUGGAGUUGGCACACAAGGAACCGUUGUCCCUAUGUUGGUGGCUGUAAUAGCAGUUGUUCCAAUAGAGAAUAUUGAUGUCCACUUCCAUGACACUUAUGGCCAAUCCCUUUUGAACAUUCUUGUUUCCCUUCAAAUGGGAAUUAGUAUAUUGUAUUCCUCAGUUGCUGGUCUUGGUGGGUGUCCAUAUGCUAAGGGAGCAAUAGGAAAUGUUGCUACUAAAGAUGUUGUCUACAUGCUGAAUGGAAUUGGUGUGAAAACCAACAUUAAUAUUGAAAAGCUCAUGUUGGCCAGAGACUUCAUCAACAACCAUUUACAGCGGCCGUCCGGUUCAAAGACUUCCACUGCGUUGAACCGAUCCACCGCAGAUGCAUGCCUCCAAGAUAUAUGA